GCAGUUGCCGGGAUGUGACUAUCAGCGGAGGGAUUUGGAGUAUUGGUGACCAUGCAGGUGGAAAGAACACCUGAAAUAAACCGAUGAAGAGGGUGGAAACAAGGCAGCUGUGGAUGCAGAUAACGACAGAACGCAACACCUAUCAGUGUGAUUUACAGUCCGGUCGGCGUUGGUGUUGUUGGUGGCGGAUUAAUAACCAGUCAUAAAGAGGUGGGAGGAGGAUUGUGUGUUGCAGGAGGACGAGAGUGAAGCGACGGAUAGAGGGAGGAAGAGAGAGAGGGAGGGGAGUAAAUAAAACCAUCGCCGGGAUCAUGAGCUCCGCACUGCCUUACGACUCGCUGUCAGCCCGGCCAAGUCCCUGCAGAAGAGCUCUGGACUGGGAGCGUGAGCAGCUAGCUGUCCGUCGACUGUCCUCUCCACGAGGUCUCGACCUGCUCACUCCUCCUCCUCUUCCUCGUCGACCCUCGGCCAUCCCUGGAUACCUGCUGCCUCCAUACCAGGAGCAAGAGGAGCAGCUCCACCACCAACACCAGCAGCAACGUCUAUCCCUGUCCAUUGGCUCAGAGGCCUCGCUGGCGCCCCCAGCACCUCCACCUGUGGGCGCCGCCCCACCCUGCUGCCGUCCAGUGGGAGUCAUGCACCUCCUACGUCUGGGGCUCCUGGCCUUCAGCUGCCUUUUCUGGGCAGCUGGUUUAGCCAUCUUUACCCUGGGUGUCUGGGCUCAGAUCUCUCUGGCGGACUACAUGCUGCUGUCUGCCAACCGCUACCCCAAUGCCCCGCUCAUCCUCCUGACUACAGGUGCUGCCAUCACUGCUUGGGGCUUCCUGGGUUGUCUAGGGGUUGCUGCAAACCUGCCCUGCGUGCUGAGGGCUUACGGGUUCUUCCAACUCGCGGCACUUACUGCUGGUUUGGCAGCUGGACUCUCAGGCCUCUUCUACCGUGAGGACAUCGCAGGAGGGUUUCGCAGCGGUUUACAGCGAGCGGUGGCAGGUUACACGGAGGAUGAAGGCCGCGCCGACGCUCUAGACAGCCUGCAGAGGGCCCUGGAGUGUUGCGGGGCCGACGGUUGGCGCGACUGGCUCACGUCGGAUUGGGCGAUCCAACAUAUGACCUUCCUGCCCUCCGAGAAUGGCACCUCGGUGUCCCUGCCAGACAGCUGUUGCGUGAGGCGCAAAGGCUGCAAGAAUCGGCCUCUUCUGUCAGAUGAUAUUGAAGGAGUAGCUGCUGCAAGAAUCCAUCCACACGGUUGCUUCCGCAAAGUCUUCAGCUUGGUCAACGACAACGUCUUCCACAUUGCUGCCACCGUGUUGGGAUUAGCCUUCCUGCAGAUCGGAGGCAUCGCCCUGGCUUGUCUACUGGCCAACAAACUGACACCCAGACAGCACCGACGUGUUGUAGCACAUUGAUCGUCAAGUGUAGAAAACUUAGCUAGCAUCUCUGGGGAUUGGCCAUUUUGUAGAUAAACAGGAAGUGGAAUGAGCAAUGCCAUUUGAGUGUAAUAUAGUUGUGAGGCAGGUGGAGUUGUUAUUGGUGUAUUCAGGUUUCUGGAGGAAAAAUUCAUAUCCACUUAUUUGUAGGCAUUCAAAGGUUCACAUAGCUGUAAAACGUUCCUAAAAAUAUCAGUAAACAAACCCAGAACCCGAUUUGUGACACAUGACUUUCUGACAAGCCUGCGUACAUAAAACACAAGGAAAUAAAUCUACUUCAACUCCUGUUGAGUAUUUCUUUAAGAAGCAUUAAAUUAUGGAGAUUUAAAGUUAACAUUUUGCAGAAAGUUGAUAUUACCAUCUGCAGUUUAAAUGAAUGCUCUUUCUUGUCUCUGUUACACUCAAUGGUCUGAGCCUGAAUACACUAUGGCACAAUAAUGACAUUUUUUUUUUCUUACAUUCAGCAUGGAUAGAAAGUGUCUGUUUGGUUUAACUUUUGUUUCUUACAAGCAAAAAAAUUGUAUGUUUUAAAAAAAAACUGGUUUUGCACCACCAAAUGGUAGUACAAUGAGACUUUGAUUUUUCUUCCUUUUCAGUGUAUGGAUUGUUUAAUUAAUUGCAUGAAAUAAUGUGCUGCUCUAUAUAUAAUGUAUAAAAAUUAUUCUGAAUGUAAUAUUUUCAAGUCAUUUGAUCUUCUUUUAGUACAUUUCGGCACUGAAUGCACAGGAAUGUUCACCAGCACUUUUCCACAUAGAUUAUUUAGUCUGGCUGUGUUCAACAGAUGUUUGUAUCUACAUCAUUUAGUUUUCCCAUCACAAAGACUACGCUGUGUUCGAAUGGUGCUUUUAAACAUCCUUUGAAAACAUCUUUAUGUAGUGCUGUCUGGUAUUUUGUGCUGUUUAUACAGCUGAUGGACUGUAGUUGUAGUAGUUUCCACUGUGUAGAGUGCUUUGGUGAGAUAUUUUGUAAGAUUAUGACUGCUUUAAAACUGUUUCAUACAGAUGUCUGUGUGUUGUUAGAUGUUUUGAGGCACAUCACUGAAAUGUAUGAAUAACAUUUUUGGAAAUACUGAGUUGUAGUGCAUGACCCAGAUAAUGUGCAGCCUAUUACUAGCAUGAAGCAUCAAGAAGUCUGGAGUUUUCUCACCUCAAGUUGACUUACAGUACAUAAAGAGUCACCAUUUAGGGGGAUAUCUUUAUUGUUGUUUGAGAAUUACAUUAAAGUAUUGAUUUUUCACUUUUUAUUUUCAUCUCUGUAUACUAAAUAGGAUGCUACAACCAGACGAUAGCAGUCUUGCUAGACUAAGCUAAUUAGGUCAUUUCUGCACACUAAAGCUACAACCAGCAGUUUGCAAUCUAUGCAAGACUAAGCUAGUUAGCUAAUUUCUGUAUGCAAAAUAUGAAGCUCCAACCAGCAGCCAGCAGUCUUUAUGCUAGGCGAAGCUAGUUAGCAUAGUCUAGCAUUAAGACUGGGAAAUAUUCUGAGAGCAGAGAGAAAGCUAGUUUGGCAGGUGGAAGAAUUUGUUUUUUUUGUUUCAUCCUUAAAAACAUAUAAAAUAGAUGAUAAACGAGAUACUGUAUUGUUACUGUGCUAAUAUACUUUGUUAAUUGUUGUUACAGGUGGAUAGUGCCAGGCAAGCUAGCUCUUUCCCAUUGUUUCCAGUGUUUGGAAACUGUGCUAGGUUCUGCUAACAAGUUGCUGGCUUACUUAUCUUUAUAUCUAACAUAUGACUGUAGUAUUGAUCUUUUUAUGAAUUUGUGCAAGAAGGCAAAUGGGUGUAUUUCACAAAACUAUAAACGCUAAAGUGUUUUUGUCUCAUAUGAACUUGUUUUUGUACAUAUUUUAGGAGAACUAUGCAUUGAAAUGAUACAAAUUAUACAAAACCUUCCUUCCAGCCUCCUCAUCGUACAUAUUUCAUGUUUUGGUUAGGCCUUAUUAUUGCUUAUGUAACUGUAACAUAUGAUACACAUCCAAACACAGUAAUGUAUAAUAUAUUGUAAUAAUUACCAACAGGGCAAGCAAGCAUGACUGAGACUGUAAACCAUAUGUCGACAAUAAACAAAAGAUCUCAUCACAGGAUUUGAUAUUGAUUAGAAACUGGGAACGGCAAUGUCAAGGUCUGCUGCCCUUGAAUAUAUUAAAAUGGCAACCGCAAUCUUGUAAUAUCCUGUUGAUGGAGGGCAGCAACAUGCAAUGGGGUACAGUACUGAUCAGAAUCAUGUC